AUCCAGUUCUUUUCUCUUUAUUCAUUUUUUUUUCUCCUCCCAUUCAUCCAUUAUCUUAUUCAGUUACUUUCCAAGUACACAUCUCUUCCAAUUUCGUGUUUUUCUGUUACCUUGUAUCUACGGUUUUGUCUCGCCUUGUUUCAGUCCAUUCUGGUCGAGGUGUAUCUUCGUGUAUCGUGGAGGGACACUCGCCUCGUCUUUCCUCAUUCCAUUUUCAACGCCUCCAGUGAUGCUCCUAAGGGCUUAUCCAACGCCCAGGAGAAAACAUCUAUGACAGAGUCCCCAGCGCUACUGAAGAAGGUGUGGGUGCCGAGGCACUCGCUCCCUCGACACCUUCACCUUCCUGCAGAAGUUCCAGGGCGUCACCAUUUCGUCAGAUUCCACCGUGUACACCUCCGUCAUGAUGCAGCUCAAACUUGUGUGCAGCAUGUCCUUCUACAUGUAUCCCUUUGACGUCCAGCGAUGCACUGUCUUUAUCAAAAGCUCUACUGCAGACAUCUACCAGCUGCACGAGCUCGCUCUGGACUGGAUGCCACCUGGACUCAGCACAGACGAGGACCUCAAGCGGCAGCUGGCGAGCUAUGACUUUUCGGUGAGGAGUCUGAACGGCACCACUUGUUCCUGCACCAAGUGUGUGCCCGGUGAGUCAGUCCCUGGCCUCUCUCACGCACUCAAACACGCAUUUGUCAGGAAUAGGAAUCACAAACCUACUCCCCGGCACUCUUAA